AUGGCCGUUAACGAGGCGUUCAAACGGCCGCUCGCCCACUAUGUCAAAUGCCUCGAAGACAUGCACGAUAAGGUUGUCAAUCUAAAGGAAGAAACGUACCUCGACAAGCAUGCCUUUUCUAAAGCAAUCAUCAAAGUGAAAAUCGACACGGAGGAGAUUCUUAAACUCAAUCGGGAUAUCAGAGAUCAGCAUAGGCAAUUCAUGGAAGCAUUGGGACUUUUUACCGCAUGGCGUAUUCAAAGCGUCGAGCGGAAUACCAAGGUUAUCAAGGCUGCGUUAAGCCACCAAGGCAAACAUGAAAACCGUCCUGACAGACGACCAUCUAGCUGGGCCGGCGAUAUUACGUCGGAUAAGCCAAUAUUCUGGCUCUGCGAUAUCGCUGGCUCUGGCAAAUCCACAGUCGCCAUGUCUGCAGCAGAUGCUUGGAAGAAGGAGGAGUGUUAG